AUGGCUGCUUUCAAUGAUUGCAUUGAUGACUUGGGCAUGGAUGAUCUUCAUUGGACUGGUCCCACUUUCUCUUGGAGCAAUAAAAGGGUUGGGAUUCAUCGUAUUGAUUGCAAGCUUGACCGAGUUAUGGUCAAUGAUUUUUGGCUUACCUCCUUUCCCUCUUCCUCUGCCACCUUCGAUACCCCCGGUAUUUCUGACCAUAGUCACAUCUCUCUUUCUGUUCAGCCUUAUACCUCCUUUGGUCCUAAACCUUUCAAGUAUUUUGACAUGUGGUCUUCCCACCCCACUUUUCUUACUACUGUCAAGGAUGCCUGGGAAAAACCAGUCCAAGCUUUCUCUUCCCCCCUUAUUGCUUUUGCUAGGAAGCUCAGGAAUGUGAAAGAAUCUCUUAAGGUUUGGAACUCCAACAUUUUCGGCAAUAUCUCCCUGCAGGUCCAAGAUUGCAAGGAUAGGCUGUCUUCCAUUCAGCUGCAAAUUCAAUUGGAUCCCCUGAACUGUCAACUUGCUGCUGAUGAAAAGGCUGCCUCCCAUGACCUAUCUGUUCUUCUAUCUCAAGAGGAAAGUUUCUUAUGGCAGAAGGCUAGAAUUAAAUGGCUGGAGUUAGGGGACUCCAAUUCAGCCUACUUCCACGGAUCCCUGAAGUCUAGAUCAAACUUCAAUGCCAUUUUACAGCUGGCUGGUCCCGAUGGCUCUCCUAUUACUAAUGUGAAAGACAUCAAAGAUAUGGCUGCAUCCUACUUUAAGGAUCUUUUUAAUGGCCCUCCAGGUGCUGCAGAUUCUAUCCCCAAUGAUCUUCUCAAAAAAUUUAUUCCUAUUGAGCUAAUUCAGUCCCUUGGUGCCAUUCCUUUGGAGGAGGAAAUCACUACUGCUAUCCACUCUUUCAAGCUGAAUUGUGCUCCUGGUCCGGAUGGUUUCAGCAUGGGUUUCUUCUUAGCCUCUUAG